CCUCUUCUCACAAUAAAUGGGCCAUAUCAAGUAGAUUCCGGGGAUAACGUUACGCUGACACUCAUCAUUAGAUCAAAUAAACCAAUUAAAAAAAUUCAAUGGCUAAAACUGCAAGAUGAAAACAAGACAGAAAUGAAGCUUUGGGAGAAUCAGAAACCAGAACUCGACCCUGAAUAUACAUUUCCCUGCAAAACUAUUGAGGAAAACGGUUGCUAUUUAAAACUACAGAAAGUAACAAUGAAAGAUGAUGCGAAGUAUGAAUCUGUCGUUCAGACUGCUGAUGACAAAACAACAAGCACAAAAUUUAUGCUAAAGAUUCUAAAAGCUAUUGCAGAAAUCAUUCUGCCGGAGGAUGGAGAAGUGUGUUAUGGAGGGAAGGCCAGCAUUUCUGUCACUUUUAGAACAAAUUCUCCAGUACAGCGCAUUGAAUGGAUGAAAGCUUUUCAGGAUAAUUUUACCACCAUCAAUAUAUUGCGUGAUAAAUACAAUCAAUCGGGCUAUGAUUCAAGUGGUGCAGUUCUGUUAGUACAUGAUUGUGAUGUGCUGGAUGACGCAUAUUACAGAAUAACAGUAUACAAUGGAUUUGGAAAAUCAACAAGCAGAAACAUGCAUUUGCGUGUUCUAGACGCCCCUCCAAGUGUGAUAUUGUCUAUAUCAGAGACCCCUAUUCUUCAAGAAACAGCAAGAAUUUUUGCCAGAAUUCAUGCCAAUAGGCCAUUGAGUAAAAUCACUUGGCACAAAUAUCUUCAGGGUGUAUGCAAAAUAACUGAAAGCAUGUCUCGUGAUUGCCAAACAUAUUACAGCACUACGGAAGAAUAUGAAGAGUACCUGUUAAUACGAAAAGUAAACAUCAAUGACCAAGGCCUUUUCCAUGUGGAAGUGUCACAUUAUACAGGCAAAGUACAAAGCAAUACCAUUCGUUUCGUUUUGGAAAAUGUUCCCCCUUUUAUAGCUGGUAUUACUGGCCCAACUCUGUUGGACGAAAGAAACUCGGAAUGCGCUGUGUAUUUUGUUUCCUUUCAUCCACUCACAAGUAUAACAUGGAAAUAUAUUGGAAAACAUGAAGAAAAGGAGAUUUGUCCUUUGGAUAAACGUUAUAAAAUCUCGACGGACUAUUCCACAUAUUCAAAAUUAAUAGUGAGCGAGGAGUGUUACGUUGAUAACGCUCAGUACCUUUGUGAGGUAGCUAACUCAGUUGGGACAACAAAAAGCGAUACAGUACAUAUUAGUUACGAAACAUAUUUACAGCUAGAAAUUGAGGACCCGUCAAAAAACUUCAAAGCCGGAGAAACUGCAGUGCUCAUUGCAACUAUGAACAGUGCGCCUAAUACAACUAAAUUAUGGACAAAAAGCUCUAAAGACAACAAAACAGAGAAAAAACUUCCUGUUCUUUCUGGAUAUUCUGGAAAAUAUAAGGGAUCAACAUCAGAUGAUAAGAUGAGUGCGCUAUGCAUCAAUUUCCUAAACAGUGAUGACGAAGGCUUCUAUCAGUUAACUGUGUCCAAGAAGUCAGGACAUUGCGCAAAAAGUAAAAAAGUUUGGUUGGGAAUUGAAAAAAAAGUCAGUGUUGAUGAGGUGAAGAUGAAGAAAGGGAAUACCUUCGGCGAUUGUCAGAUUUGUUUUGACAAAGAAAAUGAAGUUGUCUUAAAUCCCUGUGGUCAUAUGUGCUGUCAAAAUUGUGCAUCAAAUCUGAAUCUAUGCCCUUUCUGUCGUGAAGGAUUGAAAGGACGCAUUAAAGUGUACAAAUCUUAAAAAGAAACAUUAAUGUUCAUUUUAAAGUGAACCGUGAUUCAAAUUUUAUUGUUAAUUUUUAAUUUUGUUUUCUGAUAAAAGAAGCAAGACAGCAUUCUCCCUUUCACUUCAUAAUUUACAUUCUUGUCUACGGAACGUACUUGUUUCGACAUUUAUAGAAUAAAAAGACAUCUCUGAAUUGUUAACAUACGAGUAUUGUGGAAAGUUUUGAUUUGAGAGGUGAUAUUGAUAUGUGAUAUGUUUGGACUGUAUGUGAAGAAAAGAUAAGAUCAUAGAUAAGUUGAUUGUAAUGUAAAAGCCAAAUAAAUAAAUAUUUUUUGUAACCUGUUUUGUAUGAAUAUUAUCAUAUUAGUCUUAGUUCUAUUUCAAAUUUCUUAUUAAUUUAUACGAAAGAAAUCGCUUUAGAAAUAAUGU